AUGCAGUCGGUCUUUGACAGGUUCAAAGCUAUUGAGGAAUGCAUCAACCGAUCAACAUUCGGACGGGUCUUCCGCCUCGAUGGCUCUGGUCACCCAAAGCAAAUCAGAGGCGCAUCCUUCUUCAGAGAACUUCGGGCCGGGUUGACAACAUUUGCUACUAUGGCAUAUAUCAUCGCCGUCAAUUCACAAGUGCUUGCUGAAACUGGAGGCACAUGCGAAUGCGACGUCAACCUUUUCGACGAUUGCAGGAACGCUCCUGGCUGGUUGGAAUGCCAGAUAGUCCUGAAACAAGAUUUGGUAACCGCUACUGCUGCUAUAGCAGGCUUGUCUAGUAUCCUCUUUGGAUUUCUAACAAACCUGCCUGUUGCUUUGGGUCCCGGAAUGGGGCUCAACGCAUAUUUCACGUACCAGGUUGUCGGUGCCCAAGGCCGAGGCAUGGUCUCAUACCGCAUAGCUCUGACAGCUGUCUUCGUAGAGGGUUUAAUCUUCAUGUUUCUCGCUCUGGCAGGGUUACGACAAUGGCUGGUGAAAAUGAUACCUUCGACGAUCAAAACGGCUUCAGGCGUCGGCAUAGGGCUUUUCUUGACCAUGGUUGGCUUGUCCUACUCUGCUGGCAUUGGCGCCAUCACUGCUGGAAACUCGACGCCAGUGGCCCUUGGUGGCUGCCCCGUCAAGGACCUCAACGCAAAAGGUGAAUGUGUUGGAAAUCUUAUGACCAACGCAGCGCUCUGGAUUGGUGUUACCCUCGGAGGUAUUCUUGUUGCUUUCCUAAUGGCUUUCAGGGUCAAGAGCGCAAUUAUCAUUGGCAUUGCUCUCGUAUCAGUACUGUCAUGGCCACGUGAUACGAGCUACACCUAUUUCCCAUACACUAUAGAAGGAAACGCGCGUUACGAUUUCUUCAAGCAGGUUGUUUCUUUUCAUCCGAUUCAGAGCACCCUGUUUGUCCAAGAUUGGGGUCUAAGCGGUGCCACUGGCUCUGAAUUCGCGCUUGCACUCAUCACGUUUCUAUAUGUUGAUUUGAUCGACUGUACCGCAACGUUAUAUGCGAUGGCAAACAUGUCCGGUGUGGUGGACGAAGAGGGAAAUUUCCCUCGGUCGACACUGGCAUAUUGCACCGAUGCAGCUUGUAUAUCUAUCGGCUCACUUUUUGGAUGCUCUCCAGUGACGACAUUCAUUGAAAGCGGUGCCGGAAUCGCAGAAGGUGGCCGGACUGGAUUGACUGCAAUUACGACAGGUCUCUGCUUCUUGCUCUCUCUCUUCCUGGCACCAAUAUUCGCAUCCAUCCCGCCAUGGGCCACAGGAUCCACGCUCAUCCUGGUAGGCUGCAUGAUGAUUCGUCAGGUCUGCAACAUCAAUUGGAAGUACAUUGGUGACUCUGUACCUUCUUUUGUCACACUAGUCUACAUGCCGAUGAGCUACAGCGUAGCAUACGGCAUGAUCGCUGGUAUGUUCAUCUAUGUUACCCUCAAUACUAUGAUAUGGACCGUAGUCCACUUCAGCAACGGCAAAAUCACGCCGACCAACUACGAGGACAAGAUAGUAUACAGCUGGGCCAUGGGCAAAAGAGAUAUGCCGCAAUGGAUGCGCCGAAUCGUAGACAAGAUCUCGGGUAGUGACAAGUCCGGCUUUAUCCGCGACGAGUUGCCCGAGACGGUUGAUUCAGGCAGCACUAUCCGCAACAGCUCGCAUAAUGGGACGGAGGCGGACAAAGAUGGCAUCAUGCUUGAGCCGUACCCGUAUCCUCAACAGCAACGCGAAGAGCACGACUCCAUGUAUCAGCAACCAAAGGAGACCUGUCGUUUGCCUAAGGGUUUCCCGGGCUGA